AUGUGGAAGAAGACUUCCCAACUGCCCAAGGUCCUGAUUGUAGGGGUCCUGUGCCUCCUAAUUUCAGCCCAAGGGCACAAGGCUGAUGACUUCAUCAGGAACACCAAGAAUGGAAAAGUCGAAGGGACUCAAAUCACCAUCAAGGAGCUUGCCAAAAAUGUCAAUAUUUUCUUGGGAAUCCCCUUUGCCAAACCCCCCAUUGGAGCUCUGAGGUUUUCUCCUCCACAACCCCUGGAUUCAUGGAGUGAUGUGAGAAAUGCAACUUCUUAUCCACCCAUGUGUUUGCAGGAUGUCAGUAUCCUAAGAAAACUGAUAAAGGUCCUGAAACUAAACAUCCCUGUGACUACCAGUUCUGAAGACUGUUUGUACCUCAAUGUCUAUGUUCCCGACAACAUAAAGGAAGGGACUGGAUUACCAGUGAUGGUAUGGAUCCACGGCGGUGGUCUCAUUUUUGGCUCAGCCUCCAUGUAUGAUGGCUCAGUAUUGUCUGCAUCCCAGAACGUGGUGGUGGUCACUAUCCAGUAUAGGCUGGGUGUUCUUGGAUUCUUUAGCACUGGGGAUGAGUAUGCACCUGGCAACUGGGGUUACCUGGAUCAGGUAGCUGCCUUGCGGUGGGUCCAGGAGAACAUCGCCUACUUUGGAGGAGAUCCUGGCCGUGUCACCAUCUUUGGCGAGUCUGCUGGGGCAAUGAGCGUUUCCUCACACGUUCUGUCCCCCAUGUCCAAAGGCUUGUUCCACAGAGCAAUCAUGGAGAGUGGUGUGGCCAUCCUUCCUGGCAUGCUUUCUACCAGCUCCGAAGCAAUUAUAUGCCUCGUUGCCAAUCUGUCUGCUUGUGAUAAUUGUGGUUCUGCCUCCAUAAUUGAGUGCUUAAGAAACAAAACUGAAGAGGAGAUGCUGGCUAUUAGCAAGCCUUUUAAAAUAAUCCCUGGAGUGGUUGAUGGCCAGUUCUUCCCCAAACAUCCUGAAGAGCUCUUGGCCACUGGAACAUUCCAUCAUGUCCCCAGCAUUAUUGGUGUCAACAAUCAUGAGUAUGGUUGGUUCAUUCCUAUGGCCUUGGGUAUCUCUAAGUUCAAAGAAGAGAUGAGUAGAGAAAGCAUCAGAGAAAUACUUCUAAGCCCACUCAUGAAUAUUUCUCCUGAAAUUGUACACGAAAUGAUGGAAAAGUAUUUAGGAAAUACUGAGGAUCCCAAAGAACUCCGAGCGCAAUUCCAGGAGAUGAUGGGGGACUUAGUCUUUGUUAGUCCUGCCCUCAGAGUGGCCAAACACCAUAAGAAUUCUAGCUCUCCAGUCUACUUUUAUGAAUUUCAGCACCGACCAAGCAUGUUUAAGGGCAUCAAACCGAAUUUUGUGAAAGCAGACCAUGGUGAUGAGCUGCGUUUUGUCUUUGGAGGACCCCUUUUAGGUAGAGCAACACCUGAGGAAAAACUAUUCAGCCAGAAGAUAAUGGCCUACUGGGCAAACUUUGCCCGAAAUGGGGACCCAAAUGGCGCAGACCUGCUGUACUGGCCAGCCUACAACGAGAAUGAAGAGUACUUGCAACUGGGCCUGGAGCUGUCUGUGGGAAGGAACCUGAAGGCAGAAAAAAUGGAGUUCUGGCUGAAGAGUUUGCCUCAGAAGAAGAAGGCAGUGAUGGACCAGUUGUCCAGAGGGCAUGACUCCUAAGCCUAAGACAGCCCUGCUAUGGCUGCUGUCGGACAACUUCCCAACGUUUCCUUUGAGCAUUUCCUCAAUACCUACUAAAUACAAUGCACUUUGGGUCAGAUAUUUUGACUCCCAAUCAUUAUUACUGCUGGA